AUGAGUAUAGGAAUGCUGAAUCAUCAUGAUAAAAGAACAGUUUUGGAUAUUGUAGCGAAGACGUGGCUAUCACAUAAUCAAACAAAGAGCGAAGAAGAAAAAGAUGCAUUCGUCGAUAGCAUGCUUCAGAACGUCAAGAUCUUUAUGCUUGCUGGACAUGAUACAACUACGGCAGCUAUCUGCUAUGCCUUCGAACUACUAGCAUACCAUCCUGGAGAACCUGAAAAACUUCGAGCCGAGCAUGGCUCGGGGUCUUCUUCCUUUAAUUUUAACAAAGACGGUAUUUCUUGGCCUACAGAGGGUUUUAAUAUACAGACUGGAGGAUGGAGCAUUCAUAGGGAUCCGAAAUAUUGGCAGCGUGCUAAUGAUUUCAUCCCAGAGCGCUGGUUGGCUCCGAAGGGAGACAGUCUGUAUCCCGUCAAAAAUGCAUGGCGUCCGUUUGAGCAUGGCCAAAUGAAUUGCAUUGGACAAGGUUUUGCUCUACUUGUAAUCAAGAUUGCGUUGAUCAUGGUUGUGAGAGAGUUCGACAUUGAGAUUGCUUGGGUAGAAUGGGACGAAGCUAGCUGA